UUAGAAAUGUCAAAUUUCCGUCGCGACAGUGAUGGUUUUCAAAUAGUAAAAACAAAGCGAUUAUCAAAAAAUAAACAAACUAAAAUCCCUACUAAACAAACGAAUUUUGAAACACAAGAGGUUAUAAUCGAUUUUGAGAAAUCUACUCGACGAAUACAGACCGCUGUAGAGGAAUUAAGAAAUUCAAAGUACACCGAGGACGCAUUGAAAUCAGUAAGUAAUGUAAUAUCGUCUAGGAAAGUUGUAGAAAUCGUUUGUUUUGGACUAGGACAUAUCUCCGAAUGUCACAUUUCUAGGCAUCAGCUGGCCUUUUUAUUGUGUAUGAAAGACUACUGUGAUCCUAUAAAGGUUUUGGUACACGAUCCAAUAUUUUACCAAGGCGAAUGUGACAUAUUAAAGCAUUUUAAUAUUGAAGUAAUUGAGCAAAACAUUGAAGGUAAUUAUGUAAUUUCUGAUCGCGAUAUAACCCUACUUUAUUUUCCUCACUGUCCCAAACAGUUGACGAAUAAUUUCCUUUGGACUAACUGGGGCCUGAAACUAUCAAAUUGUGUUCUUAUUUGCAAUAGUUUUAAUGCAUUAAUAGAAAGCCAACCCAGUAGAUUACUAUCAGAAACAGUUACCUAUAUAUAUAAAAUAUUUCCGUUUACAUCUGAGAUUGUACUGGAAAAUAAUUUCAAAUACACUGAUAUAUUUAAUGACACUUCAAUCCACUGGUUUCCCAAAGAAAAAUUAGAUACUGUGAAUGAAGAUUUAUGGAAAAAAAUUGAUAAACCCACUUAUGACAAUACUGAGGAAUUUAUAACUUCUCAAAUGGUAGAAAAGUUGAAACUUUGAUUUGUUUGAAGGUCUAAACUGUGGACAAUGGCUUCGAUUACAUCCAAACCUGUACUUGUUACAUUAAGGCAGUUGUUGUCGGAAA